CAUCGUAAAAAUGAAAACAUACCGGACUCAUUUUCAAAAGAAGUAUAAACCAAAAUGAUGGUUUGAAUGAUGUCAGUGAGCAUGCAUGAGCUCUGCUAUUUUUCCCCUGCUGAAUUAACCAUCGUAUGAAAAACACACAUUAGCACACUUCGCCACAUCAAAGGGCCAUUCCAGUUCCAGCAGAUCUCAGGAGAGAUCUCAGAAAGAAAGGGAAAAGAAACAAGGAAGAACGGUCUCCAAAAACAAAAACGCCGGAUUUGGAAAAAGAACAUGCGAGGGGCUUCCUAGCCCUGUGUGGUCCCCCAACGUGAACAUGAGCCUAUGGGCUGUCUGGGGCCUGGGCUUGCAACACACCCUGGGUUUAAAAAGCAGGGGCUGGAGGUUAGUGGAGACACUCCUUUUCAGCGCCGAGGUGUGCUGAGGUCGCUCCUUUCUUCCUGGCUCAGGAUGUGUUUGGUUUAUAGCCGGCUCCCUGGCGUGUUGCUCCUGUUGGCCCACCUCCUCCUGAGCACAAGCUGCAGCCUGGAGGCCGUGGCCGAAUGGGAAAAAGAACCUUCCUAUUGGAACGAACAGGCCAAGAGGACGCUGGAAGCUGCCCUUGCAUUGCCACAGAGGGCGUAUCGUGCCAAAAACAUCAUCCUCUUCCUUGGUGACGGAAUGGGUGUGUCUACGGUCUCAGCCGCUCGGAUUCUGCGAGGUCAGAUGAGAGGAAAAUCGGGAGAGGAGACUGUUUUGGCCAUGGACUCAUUUCCAUACGUCGCCCUUUCCAAGACCUAUAGUGUUGACAAACAGGUGGCAGACAGUGCAAGCACAGCUACUGCGUAUCACUGUGGUGUGAAGGCCAAUGGCAAAACAGUGGGUUUGAGCGCUAAAGCAGUAGCCUAUGAGUGUAACACCACAUUUGGCAAUGAGGUUUUCUCAGUACUACAUCGCGCCAAAGCACAAGGAAAGUCUGUUGGUAUUGUGACCACCACACGAGUUCAGCAUGCAUCACCCGCUGCGGCCUAUGCCCACUCAGUGAGUCGCAGUUGGUACAGCGAUGCUGAUAUGCCCUCCAGUGCCAGACGCCAGGGAUGCACAGACAUUGCCACACAGUUGGUGAACAACACAGACAUUGAUGUCAUUCUUGGAGGUGGCCGUAUAUACAUGACACCCAAAGGUACUCCGGAUCCAGAAUACCCCUCUUCAUCGUCUCGUAAAGGAGAUCGCAAAGACAAAAAGAAUCUAAUCGAUGUCUGGCUAAAUGCUCGUAAGGGAAAGAAUGCCCAGUACGUCUGGAACAAAGAGCAGUUAAAUUCAGUGAAUGUUAAAACGACAGACUGUCUGAUGGGUCUCUUUGAACCAAAAGACAUGAGAUUUGAGGUCUUCAGGAAUCGCACCCGUGACCCCUCCAUUGUUGACAUGACAGAAAAAGCUAUUCAGAUCCUCAGCAAGAAUCCUAAAGGUUUUUUCCUCUUUGUGGAAGGAGGUAGAAUUGACCACGGACACCAUGAUGGGAUUGCCAAGCUUGCCCUGACUGAAACUGUGAUGUUUGAUCGGGCGAUCCAGAGGGCAUCUGAGCUAACCAGUGAGUCAGACACGCUUACUGUUGUCACCGCAGAUCAUUCCCACGUCUUCACUUUUGGUGGAAAUACCCCCCGAGGAAACCCAAUUUUUGGUCUGGCACCCAAGAACGGUGAUGAUAAUCUUCCAUUUACUAGUAUAUUGUAUGCUAAUGGACCAGGAUACGUUCAUGUAAACGGAACAAGAGGAAAUGUUUCAGCUGUAGAUUAUCUGGAUGAGGAAUACAUGCAACAAGCUGCCGUUCCUUUAGAAUCAGAAACUCAUGGAGGGGAAGACGUGGCUAUCUAUGCCAAGGGUCCAAUGGCUCAUCUAUUCCAUGGAGUCAAAGAACAAAACUAUGUGGCCCACGCCAUGGCCUACGCCGCAUGUCUGGAGCCAUACACUAACUGCCCACCACAGCCACACAGUCAACUCUCUGAUGGCUGUAACAAUUCUCUUUCUCUCUCUGUUUUCUCAAUAACUGCCAUAUUUUGGCUUGUCAUGAGAUGACAGACUCAACUAUAUUAGUGGUUAUGGUCCCAAUGUUUUGGAAGUGGUUUUAAAGUUUUCCUUUAGCCCAGAUACAAAAAUCAUGGGUUGGAGUCCCAGGGAACUUAUAAAGAGAAGUAUGCAUACUGUAUCAUAAAAAGUAUACUUUGAAUGCACUGUACGUCGCUGGAUAAAAAUGUCAUGUGCAUAAAGUAUAUUGUUUACAAUGUCUGCAGUGCUGUGUGUAUAAAUGUAAAUUGUAUUCCUCACAAAUGUGUUUUAUAACAAGAUAUUUUUGUAUAUAUUGUGUAACGAAAAGACACUUUUGCACUGGGCAGUUAUACACGCAAGACCAAUAAAAACAUUAAUCAUG